CUUCUCUUAUUCCUGUUCCUGAAUCCGAAUCCGAUUUCUAAGAGGACGAAGAUAAUAAUAGCAGCCAAAAACGAUGCCGUAUUGCGAGGUUGCGAAAGAACAAGUGGACGCAGAAACGACGCUUAACAAUGCCGGCGUCAAGAUCUUCUACAGAACCUACGGUCAUGGUUCCACCAAAGCCCUCCUCAUCAUAGGUUUAGCCGGAACCCAUGAAUCGUGGGGACCUCAAAUCAAGGGGUUGACGGGAACGGAUCAACCAAACGACGGAGACGGAAUCGUUUCCGUUGAUUCAGGCAUCGAGGUCUGUGCUUUCGACAAUCGUGGUAUGGGUCGAAGCUCCGUGCCCACCCACAAAUCCGACUACACAACAACGAUAAUGGCAAAGGAUUCGAUUAGUUUGUUGGAUCAUUUGGGAUGGGAGAAAGCUCAUGUAAUUGGGCAUUCUAUGGGAGGUAUGAUAGCUUGCAAGUUAGCUGCCAUGGUGCCUGAACGGAUUCUUUCUCUGGCGUUGCUUAACGUUACAGGUGGUGGUUUCGAAUGUUUCCCCAAGUUUGACCGACUUACUUUGUCCAUUGCGAUACGUUUCUGGAUGGCAAAGACACCUACACAAAGAGCAAAAGUUGAUUUGGACACACAUUAUUCACAGGAUUACCUAGAAGAACGUAUAGGCACUAACACAAGGCGGGAUGUCCUAUAUGAGCAAUAUGUAAAAGGAAUAUCAGAAACUGGAAUGCAGUCAAAGGACGGGCUUGACGGCCAACUUAACGCUUGUUGGCUACACAAGAUCACAAAACCAGAGAUCGAACGUAUCCGCUCUGCUGGAUUUCUUGUCUCAGUCAUUCAUGGAAGACAUGAUGUCAUUGCUCAGAUAUGUCACGCAAGAAGACUAGCGCAGAGGCUAUAUCCUGUUGCUAGAAUGGUGGAUCUUCAUGGGGGCCAUCUUGUAAGCCAUGAGAGAACAGAAGAGGUACUCUUUUGUCCAGUUUAGUCAUGUCUUAACUUCUCUCGUCUCUCUUGAGUCUUCGUUGUCGCUGAUCUCCUUUAAUCUGCAGUUAAUGUUUGUGGAUAUCAUACUCUGAUUACCAUCACUUGACAUAAAAGAUAUAAGACCGAAUAUAGAGCCAUACUAAUCUGAAAAUAAUAAUAAGUUGACUAUGAGUUUGAUUUACCUGAUCAAGCAAUCAUAUUGUUACCUAAACCCUCGUUGUGAGUUAUGAUAGCAAACUAUACAGACUUACCAGGAGGCUCGUGAGUUCUUGAAGGAAUCGUGAGUUCUUGUUGGAAUAGGGUUGCUAUAAAUUGACAGAGGGAACACAUGUUUUUCUUGCUCUUGUCCGUAUCCCAAUUGCCCCUCAGUAGAACCUGUAGAAAAUGAUAUUAAAAUGCCUUACUACUGAUCAAUUUACAGGUUAAUAAAUCUCUUCUUGAGUUGAUCAAAGCGUCAGGAGUGAAGAAAGCAGCAAAUGAUUGGACUAACCUCACCAUGGAAGAUCCCGGUUAUUUCCAGAGGAGAAUAACACUUAUUAGAAGCUCAUCAGAAGGCAAGAGUGUCGCCUCUUCGGUGGAGAAGUUUCAUCGCUGUCUACUUUUCCUCUUCGGUCUUCUUGUGUUAGUUUAUGAGUAUGCAAGACGAGCUUUCAGGGUGGUGAAACCCGUCAGAGUUGGGCCUUCUCUUACAUAACCAACAAACCUCUCACAUUUCGAUUCGUCCACCGAGUUUUGCAUUCAGGCAACUAUGCAGUUCUUCAAUGAUCAAGCUGAUGAAACGUAAAGAUAAUUUUGAUGCAAACAUAAGCUAGAGAAGGAGACACUGCUUUUACAAGGAAGAGAGAAAAAAAUACAAAACUGUUGAUAUAUGUACUUGUGUAGAGAGACAGACUAACAUUUGUUAUAUUCUAUUACCUCGAUCGAAAUGUACUAUUCUAAUGACAAGACAUGAAUCUCUAAUGAGACUUUAAAUGUUUAAUGUCUAC